AUGGCAGCUCCUGAUUCAAUCACAAUUUCUUAUACAAAACCUAAAUCUUCUCCAAAAGAUUUAUUCGCAAUAAUCUCAAAAGGAAAAAUCUCUACUCUUUACCAAUCUGUCCUACAAAUGGCGCCUAAUGAACUUUCAUACCAGCUUUCACGCCAAGAUAAUGAAGGAAAAACAUUACUUCACUAUGCUUGCUACGUUGAUCUUGAACUUAUUUCUUUAUAUUUGAUCUCUCUAGGCUCAAACCUAUACGCAUUUGAUAGAAACGGUCAAAGCUGCUUCCACGCAUUAGCUUACAAAGGCAAUUACAAAACUUUGAAUACAAUUUUAAUUAAGACUGUAAUUUUUACAUAAUUUUUUUAUAAAUUUUUAAUCCGAUUAACUUAUAAAUUUUCAAUUUUAAACUAUGAAUUGCAUAAAUUAAGAAAAACGCUUUACGAUAACAUGAACAUGAUGAAGCUAGGCUUUGGCAUGACCAAUAUAAAUCUUACAAAUACAGCAGCCUGGAUUCUAACUUCCAGCAUUGAUGCAGACAUCAAAAUUAAAGCCAAAAAACUUGAAUAUUCUGAAGAACUCGUAAGAAAGCUCCGUGACUAUUUUUCAAAAGUCGUCCAACUAUACCGUUCAGCUCUUGGACAAGUCGAUUCAAAGCGGCGAAACCCUCUGCAUUAUGCUGCCUUAUCAAAAUUCACCUGGUGCUUCAAAGCUGCUGAAAGCCUUUUAACCCCUCAUAAAGUUGACAAUUUCAAUGAAUUUUUAGAACAUUUUGACAAUUUAGAGAAGCUUCGUAAAUCCACCAAAAAAAUUGACCCGAAAAAAUAUAUUGAUAUUUUAGAUGAAAUAAAAAGCAUUAUUGGGGAAGAAGAAUAUAGGACUUAUUAUAAAGAAUUUAAGGCAGCUUUAAAGACAGUUAUUAAUGGAGCAAUAAAUACAAAAGAUCGCAAUGGGCAUACUCCUUUGCAUAUUGCAGCGUUUUCAGGGUGUUAUCAAAUAGUGAAAAAAUUGGUUGACUUAAAAGCUGAUAAGAAGUGCGAGGAUUCUAGAGCUUUAACACCUUUGCAGUUGGCAAGUACAAAGCUGGUAAUGAAAUAUCUUUCAUUGCCAGAAGAUAUGGCUGCUGCUGGGGAUACUAAAGGUUUUGAACAUUUAUACUAUCAAAGAAUGAAUGGUACCCACAUUAUAAGAAUUAAUUAUUGUUUUUAAUUUUUCUUAAUAAAGAAUAAUAAAUUCAGGCUAUGAUGUCAAUAUAUCAAAAAAUGAAUUUUUAUUAGGAAGCAUGCAUCAAGCCAUUAUAGAAGGCGGAAUAUUGCCUACAGUCAUAACAAACCAAGGCGAUUCUGAUUUAGUUGAAUGGAAUUUAUACACGCCUCUACAUUAUGCUUCAAUGCUAGGAAAACUUGAAGACGCAUUACAACUAAUCAAGCAAGGCGCUGAUGUCAACGCACUGUCUCAAUAUGAGCUCACCCCUUUGCAUUUAGCAGCAAAAAAUAAUAAAGCGAAUAUGAUAAAACCGCUUAUUGAAAAUGGGGCGAUUAAAGAUGCAAGAGACCAUAAAGAUACAACACCUUUUAUGCUAGCUGCUAAAUAUGGAGCUUUAAAUAGCUUAAAAGCACUGCUAGAAAAUGGUGCAAAUCCUUAUGAAGUUGAUGAUAGAAAGUGGACAGCAUUGCAUUAUGCGAGUUUUCAUAAUAAAUCAAAGAUUGUGGAAGAGCUUAUUAGAUGGGAUAGCGAUUAUAAUAAGUUAUACCCUUUUAAUUCAGAAUUAUCAUCAUAUUUUUAUAUAAAUAUCUCAUUUUUGAUUAAAAUAGUCUAAUAUAAAUUUAUUAUUAAUUUAUAUUUGACUUUAACUUUUAUAUAUCUAAUGAAAAAUUCCCAAGGAAAAACUCCUAUAGCGCUUACUUCGAAGCCAAAAACUAAAGAAGCAUUUGAUACUUUAUGGAUGGCUGCUAUAAAAGGAGACUUAGAUUUAGCAAGAAGACUUGUUAGAAAAGGUCAUGACAUCAAUGGAAGAACAUUAUUCGAAAGAGUCACACCACUUAUGAACGUAAUAAACAUUUAGGCUGCAAAAAACUCACAAGUACUUAUGGUGAAAUUUUUAUUAGAUAAUGGAGCUAAAGUAGAAGUUGUUGAUAGGUAUAGACACACUGCAUUAGAUUAUGCAAGAGAAGUAGGGCACCCACAAAUAAUUGCUAUGAUUGAAGGAAAAGCGGAAAGACGUGAAUCACCUAAAAGAUUAAAUAUCCAAAAUUCUUCUUUUUAA